AAGGGGGCUAGGUGUUGCUUUCUAAUGCCAAUAAUGGGUUCCAGUUCUCUACUGAGAGGAGACCUUUUUGGAGACAUGAAUCUCCAAAAGGAUCGUGCAAGGGAACUGGGUGUGGAGAGUGCAGCUGAAUGAGGCACUACUGUGAGCAGCGAGAAAAUGAUGACCCCCGUGAAUCUGAUUUCUUUGACGGCUCCACCCUUUCCAGCAAUGCAGAAGUGAACCUGAAAGCAGAAUCACUCUGCGCCUUUUUCCUCAAGCGGCGCCUUGCGCAAAAGUGCCUUAGGGCCAGCGCGCUCGCAGGCGACGAUCCUGCCGCCCCUGGGAUCAUGGCUUCCAGCCUGGUGGACGAUCUGGUGUGCUCCGUCUGCCUCUCCCUCUUCCGCGAUCCCCACGUACUGGAUUGCGGCCACAACUUCUGCCUGGAUUGCCUGAAGCGCUGCGCCCGCGAUGCCUGGGGCAGAGGGAUUUGCCCGGAGUGCCGCUGCCCUUUCAGACUGCGGGAGGUCAGGCGCCACAGGGUUCUGGACAACCUCGCGGAAAAAGCGCGCAAGCUGCAGCUGGAUGAAGAGCCCCAGGCAAGGGCCAGCUCAGCUGGCUCCUGCGAGGAGCACGAGGAGCCGCUCAAGCUCUUCUGUCGCCAGGAUCGCGUCCCCAUCUGCGUGAUCUGCCGGGAUCAGCCCGCGCAUCGGGGCCACGAGUUCCUGCCGACCAAAGAUGCUGUGAAAUGCGCGCAGAUGGAGCUGAAGCCAUACCUAAAGCCUCUGAAGGAGCGUCUAAAGGAGGCCAAAGAGGAGAAAAUACACCAGAAAGGAGGCAAUUGGAGAGCUAAAGAGUUGUACCGAAGAUAUCGUAAAUCACAUUUCCACAGGAUUUGAAUCCCUUCACCAGAUCUUGGAUGAGAAGGAGAAGGCUAUUAUGAAGACUGUCCAGCAGAAGAGGAAGAAGAACUUGGAGGAAAUGCAAGAUGCCUUUUCAUGCCUGAAAAACGACAUUUCAUCCUUGACUGAGAUUAUUAACAAGGUUAAAGCAGCGUUAGAAAGUACAGACCACGUGGCCUUUCUGAAGGACUUCCAGGAGCUGAUGCAGCAAGCCAAAGACUCAAUAGAGGAGGAGGAAAACAAAGAUGACAAGAAUGCAGCUGAAGAGAAAGAUCAGAAGGCUGAUGAAGAACAGGGUGAAAGUAGUGAAAGUAGUGAAGAAGGAGGAACAUUCUAGAGACGAUGAGAAAAAUGUGGUGCCGGUGUUUCCAUCUCUCAAGAAAUUCAUAGUAGCAUUGGAUUUUGAAGCUUGGGGGAAACUGUUGCAAGGUAUCGAACCCCAGGAAGAGAACUGAUCUCACUCUGCAUUCUCACACUGUACAGAGUGUACGUUUUCUCACUCUGCCUUUACACAUUAUACUCAGAGGUAGGGAGAUGUACCAUACUGCAUAGGGCAGUAUAAGGGAGAGGUUGUCCCAGCUGUGUAUUUAGAGGGGGAAAGACCUUUGUGUGGUUUUUAAAUAUAAUUUUUAUUAGUCUUCCAUUUAAUAAUAUAUAAUCACAUCAUUGCUAUCCACUUUACCUCUCUGGCUCUUUUGAGCCUAUAGACUUCCUUCCCUCCCAGCUCAUGGCUUUCAAAGUAAACCUUUAUAUCAUUGCAUUUUAUACAUUUCCCAGUUCUGAUUAGCUCAUUACAAAAGUCACUGAAAUUUAUGUUAAAAUGAAAAGGGGGAAAAUUCUUCACUACGAGUCUUCAGACAACCCUGCUAGUGAUGUUAAUUGCUUACAGUAAUUUUUUAGAUAUCAUAUAAAUUUACUCCCGUCCUUUUGGAAUACUUGAUCUGGCUGGUUUUGGAUUCUUCCUGUCAGCUUUGCCAAUUCCACAAAGUCCAUCAUCUGCCACUCUUCUUUUGUUGGCAGUACUUGUAGUUUCCAUUUUGGGGCUAGGAGAACUCUUGCCGCUGUUGUUGCGUACAUAAACAGUCUUUCAUCUUCCUUUGGUAUCUCUCUUUACCCACUGUACCAGAAAAUAAAACUUUUGAACUCUCA